AUGGAUUGCUUGGAGGAAAUUUUCUUAAAUCCAAAUGCGUCGGAAGGUGUAAAUGAAGAGUUUGUGUACGAAGAGCCCGAUGACGAAUUUGAAUCCCCAGAUGUCCGUGAUGAAUUUGAUUACGAUCACGAUGUUUUUUAUACCAAUGAGGUGUUUGACACACACAUAGAUUUGGUAGACUGGGCUCAAAGAACGGCAAAGGAGCUUGGUUAUGUGUUAGUAACACGAAGAUCAAAUGUCACAAAAGGCGGAGAAGUUAAAAAGGUGGUCCUUAUUUGCAACCGUGGUGGAAAAAAAGAUAAGCGGUCAACCGGGGCACCCAAAGGGACUUGUAAUUUGGAAGGUAUUGCGUACGCAAGACGACUAACCGAUGUUCAAAAAGAAUUUGUGGACGAAAAGGCGUUGCUAGGUUUAGGGCCAAAUAGCAUAAGGGACCAAUUGAAGGAUGCAUUUCCCGGUAUCUUGACCCGUUCACAAGACAUUUCUAACUACCUGCGGCAACACCGGCUAAAGCACGCCCAACAACGAGGGGAAACUCGAAUGCAGAUCGUGCUCCAAUUACUAUCUGACCAUCAGUACACGUAUCAGUACACGACGGAUAGCAAAACCGGAUGUUUGACCAAUCUCUUUUUCGUACAUCCUACAUCACUUGACAUAUGGCGUGCAUUUCCUUGGAUCAUUGAAAUAGACGCCACGUAUAAAACCAACGUUUACAACAUGCCGCUUGUUGAGAUUGUGGGUGUCACUCCAACUGGCAAGACAUUCAGCAUUGCGCACGCACUUAUUGAAAAUGAGCAACAUGCGACAUACACAUGGGUGUUACAGUGCUUGAGGUCGACGCUCGAAGAAGGCCUCGUCGUGCGUGUGGCACUCACUGAUCGGGAUCUGGCCCUCAUGAAAGCGGUUAAGGAUGUGAUGCCGGAAACGAAGCUGAUACUUUGUAGAAUACACAUUUGGAGGAAUAUUGAGUUACAUGCCAACCCAUCGUUUAGGUCAAAAAAGAUUAUGGUUUGUUUAGACACCGGUGGGAUCAACUCGUAA